UUGACAAGAAAAUCCAGCUGACUUAGCUGUCGAUCAGAUAAAAAUAGGAAAAAACAGUUUUAUUUUCUAUGUUUUAAGUUUUGUUUUUGUGUUCAAAAAUGGACGGUUCGAGGAGAAGCAUAAGAAAUGCCUCUUGUAUUACGGCAUAGUAAGUGAUAGGCGUCGCAGACGUGGCAGUCUUAUGAGUGCGCUCAUGUGCUCCACACAGAUGGUUAAUGACGUCACCAGCAACAUGUACUCCGACCAUUACCAUUGGCAGAAGAACAUACUAGGUCACAACUACAAUGUGUCACACGAUCUUCCGAGCACGGAGACUGCCAGUCUUGCACAAUUAUUCCGGUCAUGGUUGGGAACGCAUGAAGAAGCACAAGCAAAAGAAAAAGAUGGCGUCGUUUCGUAUCAAGAAGUGAAGGAAUUAGAUAUGGAGAGAGAGCAAAUCGAAGGUGAUGCUUGGAAGCGUGUUGGUCGUGAUCGCUUUGUGGUGGCUGGUGCGAGCGGUGCUGUCUUUGGUUAUCCAUCUUGUUUGCCCGUUGCUGGUCGUAUUGCUCGCUGUGGUCUGUGUGCCCCAACUCCGUGGCCCACUGCUGGGGCAAAAUUACCCAGUGUUGGCCAACCUUCUCCACAACAUUCUUAUCAAGCUUGCGGAGAACAUCAAGUCGUAAAUUGGAAUCGUGAAUAUAUAUUUUUUUAUUUUGUAUGUUUAUUAUUUAUAUCAUACUAGCGGCCUCUCGCGGCUUUGCUCAGUAAAAUGUUUAAAAAAUUAA